GAAAACAUAAAAGUAACAUUGCCAACUUGUUGCAUUUUAAAUAAACAAUUUUUAAUACAAAAAAAAAAUAAGGCAAAGUGUUAAAAGAAGUGGUUGAUAAAUAAGCUACAUCUUUUUAUUAAUUGAAAAGAAAAACAGCUCAUUAAUUUAUUAAUUAACAUUUAAUAAUUAUAUAAAAAAAACAAGUUAAAAAAAUAAAAAGUGUAAUUUAUUAUUUAAUUAAUAAAAUUAAACAUUUAAAAUUGUCGUUUUUGCAAUUUUUAAAAAUGAAAUAUUCACAGAAACAAUUUUUUUUCAUAUUUUUUACGUCAAUUAUUUUAAUAAUUGCACUUUUACCACGUCCAAUUGAUGCAAGAUUCAUUGACGGAGUUUUAAGUCGUCAUAAACGAGUUUCCGAUCAACGUAUUGCUGAACUAGAAGCCCUGGUUGCAUUAGCGAAAAUGCGCGGACUACUUGUCACAGUUCCAGUUGGAUUUGGUCGUGUUGAUCCAGAUAAAAUUGGUCGCCGUCGCAGAUCAAGUGAUGACAAUAAACUGGAAAAUAUCCGUCGUUUUCUUCACGGCGAUGAUAGAAAUUCCGAAUCAAUUGGCGAAGACAUUGACGACGAAAAAGGUCCACUACUGCAGGUUGUUUACAAUCAAGAUGAAGAAAACGAAACACAAUUGAAUUAAUUUAAAUCGAUAGAAAAAUUUCAUCAAUUUAUUAUGGAUUAAUAAAAUUCAUAAGCUGAAGAAAAAAUUGCAUAAAUUAUUAUGAAAUUAUGACGAAAAAAAAAAUAGAAAAAAAUUAUAUAUCAGUAUUAAAGGCUAUUAUCAUCAACCGUCCGAUGAUUUUUCAACUCUUUCAGUCAAUUCCACAAGUGGUUAAUAAAUUGAGUUGAUUUAAAUUAGAUGCAAAGGAAAAAAAUUAUAAUAAUAAUAACCUUGCGAAAAUGUAACUUAUUGUGUUCGUUUAUUUUCUGGUAAUGCGGGAAAAUCCAGUAUUAUCAAUUAUUGAUUAAGUUAUUUAUUUUUUUAAAAUCGAAACAUAAUAAGUAA